ACUUCGGGCCACUCCCUCUCUAACUUCUCUUCCUAUGUAUCCACUGCUAAAGCCACUUUCUAUCACUAAAUUUCAAGCUUCUGCUUUAAAUCCUGGGAAACUCUUUUCAACUUUCUCCUCACUAGAAUCAGUGGUGACAAGCUGCUCAUAGCUACUGCCUUUCAGUUUGAGUAUUAGUCAGCUUUUCACGUUCUAGAGGGACACAAAGACUAUAGGAAUAGCUAACAUUUCUGUUACCAGAAAGUGAUCUAAAAUGGCGAAGGUUUCCGAACUGCUGCUGGGGAGUUUUCAGCACCUGGAUUCAGGCGAGCUGGAGAUAUUUCAGUGGUACUUAAAGGGGCAUGUGUUAGAUGGAUUUGAUAGCAUCCCAAAGAGCCAGCUGGAGAACGCUAACAGACAGGUCACAGUGGAUAAGAUGGUGGAGAGCUACUGCGACGAGGGAGCUGUGCGAAUCACACUGGCUAUCCUGAGAAAAAUGGGCCUGAACAAUCUCUCAGAAGAUUUUGAGAAGAACUACAAAGCAGCAAUCUCUCGGAAGCGGUUAUGGAAGCAGGCUGAGAGGGAUGAACUGAGUGACGAGGUCCCAAGCGGCUCAUAUGAAAUGUCAUCUGUGUCUGAUGGAAAGCGUGGUCGUCUGAUGUCUGUGACCUCUAGGCUGGGGGAAGAGCUGGAGGAUCUGGGCAAGAAGACACAGGCUGAGUGGGAUGAGCUGAUCAGGGACUCAGCUGGAAUGUUGGCCCCGUCUAGGGUGGAGCAUAAUCAACUGGAGUUCACUAGGCUGAAGGAGAAGCAGAAGGAACUGAUCAUGAAGGAAACCCAGCUUGUUGAGUGUAUGAUAGGGUUUUUUCUGCAGCGACUAAACGAAGUAAAGCUGCAGCAGUUUCAGUGGCACCUGACUAAGGGGAAGUUGGAAGUCUUCGAUCCCAUCCCAAAGGACCAGCUGAAGAAAGGUGACAGGAAAGACACAGUGGACAAGAUGGUGGACAAGUACAGUCCUGACGGAGCUGUGAGAAUCACAGUGAAGAUUCUGAGAAAGAUUAAGCUAAACGAUCUCGCUGUCGAGUUAGAAAAUAACUACAGAAAAGCUGAAGGAGCAAAAGGACAUGUUAAUGGGGAAAGUCGAUUCCUCCACUCAAACUCUGGCCACCUCUCCAACUCACCAUCAUAGCUCGGAAUGGAUGCCGCCAAUCUAAUGUAGCUGGAAAUGAGAGCUUCAGUGUAAAUGAGAUUUUUUAAAUGUUUUGUUUAUUUAUAUUGAAUGAUGUGUUUUACAAGACAGACGAAGAGCGUUACAUUCCUCAGUUAAGAAUUUAGGUGAUCAAGGCAACAUCUUAUCACAAUCUUAUGAGCUGAUGUGGUGUCUGUUGGACACUGUUGCACAACAUUUAUGAAGAUGUACAUACACUAUUUACUGGCAGUAAAAGUGUCACAUAAGUAAAUAAUUUCAUUAUUUCUCAGUGUUUUAGAAUUAGUUGCUUGUUAUACGUGUGCUCGAUGCCACCAAUUAUCUCUGAUUCUCUGCUGGGCGCACAUUGUCAAGUGCGGAAUAUUUAGUGUGGUCUCAUUCAAAUAAUCCAUAGCAUAUAGCCUAUACAAAGUGCAUGCUCGGAGAAGCACAAAUUAUAUUUCUAAGAAAAUGUACUUCCUAAAUAUGAUAGGCUAUUGACUGGAAAUAAGUAUUUAUUGGCUACAUUCAUUUGUCUAGGCCUGUGAAUCGUAGGCUACUCCUCCUGGAUGUUAUGCAAAACUUUGCAAGUCAAGGGAACAUUUUCAGACAAGCCAUAUGCACCGAUUUGGAAUUAAAUGCUAAUAUGCUGCUGGAAUCGGGGCUAGUUGUCUGUCCCAGUGCCAUAGAUAUAGGGAGUUUGACAAACCUUGUUUUAAAUAAAGAUGUUAUUUUAAUGCUAGCAACAAGAACUCAACCCGGAAGGUUGUAGGCUAUAACGGAUAAGGAGAGUGAGGUUGUCUGCUGUGGUCUGUGAACCCACAACCUUCCGGGCUGCAGCCCUGUGCGCUAUCAAAAGUGCUAUUGUAAUCCUUGAAAGUACUGUUUGCUUUGAAAAUAAGUAAAGGGUUCAAUUGGGCUGUGCACUCCUAAUAACCUCAAUGUGUUAAUAUGUAUUACGAUAGUAACCACACUCAUGAAAGUAUGAAUUUAUAUUAUUUUCUUUCAGGAGUAAAAUUAUUUCAAUAAUGACUUUAUGGUGUGAAAUACUCAAUUUAACAAUACAGAUAAUGAAUCACAAAUGAAUUAAAUCAAUACAACAAAAAGUCCUAAGUUGUGCACAAGCACAACCAUGAAUUUGUCCAAUGUAAUUCCUCGAUGAUUUUACUUAUAUGAAACAGUUCAGCUGUGAUGAAUUAAAGGAAUUCUUGCA